AGCGCAUUUGGUUGUUAGCUAGCGUUUUGUAGUGGCUAAUCACCUCACACAGGCUGGCACUGUCACAGAAUGAACUUGGUAUUCUGCGUGGAGACGCAGCUCCAUACCAACAUGAUGGAAAAGUACAGGAAAAACAGGGCUCUGUUAACACUGUCUAGCGCCAACCCCGCAGGCUUUAGUACGAAUAGCAAUGUUUGUCUUUAAAGGGGUACUUGCUUCAUUUCCAUCCAUCCUUUACAUUCGCACUUGGAGCAGCUGCUGAGCCGAAUGAGACAUUUGCCCCACGUCUUCUUUCCACAUCUGCCGGCACGAGGGAAUAAAACCCUUAUGUUUUCCAGUAUAGCCCACGGGUGUUUAAUAGAACUAUCAUGGCCAUGUUCCUGCUGACAAGUCACCCUGUUACUGAGGGAUCUCUGCCUUUUUUGGUUUCUGGACCUACCAAAGCAGGGAUGAGAUAAUAAAGUUAACCAGUCGGUGCAUGCCGCUACAGCAACCCGUGGCACCUGUGAAACCCACCUUACCCCAUCCCUAGUAAAGUCAAUUUAAAACGGUCAAAAGAUGACAACGCCGGCUCUACUACCGCUGUCGGGCCGCAGGAUACCCACUCUGUCGCCGGGUGCCUCCUCCUUCCCGCACCAUAGGGCCACGUUGAGGCUCUCUGAGAAGUUCAUCCUCCUCCUCAUCCUCAGUGCCUUCAUCACCUUAUGCUUUGGGGCCUUCUUUUUCCUCCCAGACAAUUCCAAGCACAAGCGCUUUGACCUGGGCUUGGAGGAUGUGCUUAUCCCUCAUAUUGACACACCUAAGGAGGGCAAGCACGCCUCAGGACAGGUGAUCAUACAUGGACAGGGAGGACACGAUGAACACAGACACAGGGAAGAGGAGGAGAGCCUGCGGGAUAAGAUCCGUGCAGACCAUGAGCGAGCACUGCAGGAGGCAAAGGAGAAGCUGCGAAAGUCACGUGAGGAGCUCAAGGCCGAGAUUCAGACGGAGAAGAACAAAGUGAUGGAGGACCUGAAAAAGAAGGACGUAGGGCCCAAACCGUUGCCGCCGGUACCCAUGCCUAAGGUGGUGGGCGUGAGCGACGGCGAGCCCCCAGAACCCGACGUCAAAGAGAAACGAGACAAGAUAAGAGAGGUAACGUGAUCAGUCUCUUCUUGCUUUUCUUGAUUUGAUUCAUUUUAAAUAAGAAGUCAAUCUCUGUUUGUCAACCCCCCAGUGAGAGCAAAAACAAAAAUGGCCCUCCCACGCAGGAAUAGGGAUGGGUAUCG